GCCAGCUUUGCCCUAAAACCCUAGCUAAUAAACCCUCUUGUCCUUCGUCAACUCUCUCAAUUUCCCAACCCAGCGCAGCUCUCAUCUCGAAAAGACACAAGCAAAGCAAAGAAGCAAUCAUGUCUCUGAGUCAGUUCGCUUGCACUUACGCCACCCUCAUCCUCCACGAUGAAGACAUCUCCAUCACCUCGGAUAAGAUUGCUACACUUGUGAAAGCAGCCAAUGUGACUGUGGAAUCUUACUGGCCAAGUCUUUUUGCUAAGCUUGCUGAGAAGAGAAACGUUGGUGAUCUUAUCAUGAAUAUUGGUGCUGGUGGUGGUGCUGCUCCUGUUGCUGUUGCUUCUUCUGGUCCUGCAGCCGGUGGGGCUGCUGCGGCCGCUGCUCCAGCUGUUGAGGAGAAGAAGGAGGAAGCCCCAGAGAGUGAUGAUGAUAUGGGAUUCAGCUUGUUUGAUUAGGUGCUUCUUUCCAUUAUCUUCAGUUUUAAUACUCUUUGUUGCCUUAAGAAAUUAGGAUCGGCUUCCAAUUGUAAUGUGGUAAAAUUUUGGCUGAUGAUUUGAGAACUUCUGAUUGAUUGACCAUGAACUUUUUUUCAAGGAAUACAAGGAUGUUUGAUGUUUUAGCUCUA